AUGGUGCUAUUGAACUUCAUCAAGGAGUUCAUACGGUCAGCAGGACUAAGUGGAGCGUUGCUGGAGAAAGUGUUGGCUGACCGAGCGCUGGCUGGCUCACAUCUGUACUGUGUUCACAAACAGGCGAGUCGUUGUCAGUCGUCCUCCUCCUUGUACGGCGACACUCCCUCUGAACAUAAAAAUAAUUUCCAGAGUAAAAUGAACUGGUUGAUAUUGACGGCGUGCUUCUGCUUGGUGAGCUGCCAGGCUGCGGAAAUCGGCGCGAACAAGACACUGGAUAACUCUGUGGCGGAAGACAAAGCGUCGAAAGGAUUCCUGGAGUGGGUAUCGAACCUACUCGGUGGGGGUACAACCCCUAACCCGAUUGUUAACGACCCCGUGGUGAUAGCAAAAGAGUGUCCAGCUUGUCAAUGUGGUAUCGCCCGCAACAAACGGCGUAUAGUGGGAGGCGCCGAAACUAAUGUGAGGCAGUAUCCAUGGAUGGUGAUGUUAUUGUAUAACGGCCGGAUGUUCUGUGGCGGAUCCCUCAUCAACGAUAUGUAUGUGAUGACUGCCUCUCACUGUACAGGGUUCCGCAAAGAACGCAUGACAGUGCGUCUCCUGGAGCAUGACUUCACAAACCGUUUUAACGACACAAAGGUGAUAGACAGGAAAGUUGUCAAGGUCAUGCGUCACACGAGAUACAACGCGGGUACUUAUGACAACGACAUCGCUCUUCUGAAGCUCAAUGAAAGGAUAGACCUAAGUAACGCAAUAAAGAAGCAUGCUCGCAGUUACAAAGAAGAAGCAUCCACAGAAGCUUAUACAGCAGCGGAGGGUUCUACAGAAACAACAAGUUCAACAGAAGCAACAAGUUCAAUAGACGCCGAGGCACAAACCACGACAGCGGCUCCUACAACUGAAGAAGAUGAUAAUAUCACUGUGCGGCCUGUGUGCCUGCCUGCCCCGGGGCUAUCCUUCACAGGAGACUGCGGCUUGGUAAUAGGUUGGGGUGUUACAGAACAAGGAGGCUCUAUUUCGAAUACAUUACAAGAGGUGAAAGUCCCGAUAGUAUCAAACGAAGAGUGCCGCGUCAGGUCAUAUGGACAAAGAGUGACUGAAAACAUGUUAUGUGCGGGUGAACCAGAGGGAGGACGUGAUGCUUGUCAGGGAGACUCCGGCGGUCCUCUCCACGUAUUCAACGAAACCAGUGGGCGAUACUAUGAAGUGGGUUAG